CGAAAGUAAAAGAAAUGAGCGAAACAAAGAAAUAUAUAUAUAAAAACAAUUUUUUAUUAUAUCAAAGUUCCUACGGAUUUAACCUAAUGAGACCCAUGUUCACAUCUCUCUUGUUUCUCAACUCUUCCAUAUGUCCUUUUUUCACCAGUACUGAACUGUUUUUGGUCCAUCCAUGGCCUGAAUCUGCAAAUCAAAGCCCUAUUUUUUCCCCUUUCUUUUGGGGUUUCUAAGCAAAGAUGAAUCCAUAUGAAAGAAUUAAACAAGAGUUUCAAGGAACAAGCUCAUCAUCCUAUCAUGGUGAUAUACCGUCCAUGGCUACCCCUCAACCAAUAGAAGGACUCCAUGAAGGAGGUCCUCCUCCAUUUCUCACAAAAACAUAUGAUAUCAUUGAUGAUUCAGGCACCAAUCACAUCAUUUCAUGGAGUGGAGGUAACAACAGCUUCAUUGUAUGGGAUCCCCAAGCAUUUUCAAUGAUCCUUUUACCUAGGUACUUCAAGCACAACAAUUUCUCAAGCUUUGUAAGGCAACUCAAUACCUAUGGGUUUAGAAAAGUAGAUCCAGAUAGAUGGGAGUUUGCAAAUGAAAAAUUCCUUAGAGGACAAAGGCAUUUACUUAAAACCAUUAGAAGAAGAAAAACACAACAAAUUCAAGCUUCAUAUGGUGGUUUAGAUCCUUGCGUUGAAGUUGGGAGGUUUGGGGUUGAUGUCGAUAUCGAUAGGUUAAAGCGUGAUAAACAGGUUUUAAUGGCGGAACUGGUGAAACUAAGGCAACAACAACAUAAUACCAAGACAUAUUUACAAGUAAUGGAAGAAAGGCUGAAGAAGACUGAGAUGAAACAACAACAAAUGAUGAGUUUCUUAGCUAAAGCAAUGAAGAAUCCCAACUUUGUUCAACAAUUAAUACAACAAAAAGAUAAAAGGAAAGAACUUGAAGAAGCUAUAACUAAUAAAAGAAGGAGACGAAUAGAUAACCAUAAUCAAACGUUUGUUAAAGCUGAACCAGUUGAGAGCUUUGGUGGUGCAUUUGAAGUUGUAGAGUUGGAUGGAAUGGCAAUGGACUUGCAGGAAAAGCAUGAUGAAGAACACGGAAGCUGCUAUGAUAAAGGUAAAAGAAUUGAUGAUGAAGGGUUUUGGAAUGAUUUAUUGAAUGAUGAUAUGGAGGAAGAGAUAUCAGCUUUGCAAGUUAAUGGGGUUGAAGAUGAAGAAGGAAUAGAUGUUUUGGUUGAACAGCUUGGGUUCUUGGGCUCUAGUCCAAAGUAGAGCUUUUGCAUUUGCAGAAAUGGGCGGUUUCUAACAGGUUCCCCUUUCUGGCUUCAAUGGCGGCCUUUGGGAGGGGCAAAACCAGGUAAAGCUUUUCUUUUCUUUUCCUUUUUUUUUUUUCUUGAGGUUUUCGGUUUGUUGAAAUCUUAGAAUUUAAAGCUUGUAGAUUUACAUAAUAAUUGAAAGAACAUAUUAGUACAAUUCAUUGGUGGAACUUUGGAGAAGAAGACCCUAGUUGAUUACUAUUAGUAACUA